UGAUUGAAGAUUUCUCUCAAAUUUACUCGAAAAAAACACAUAAAGCAAGUAGAAGUGAAUGUCCUCGUUAUAACAAAGGCAGCGGCCACCGAGCAGGAAAGCGGCGAACAAUGGCGACGGAGAUGGAAGAACUCAUCUCCUUUCUAUCUUCUCCUUCGCCGCAGAUCACAAAAGCCGCCGUCGACAUAGUUCGCGGCUUAACCGGUUCCGUCGAAGGCAUGCAGUCCCUCGCAAAUUAUUCAAACUCCCUCCUACCCGCGUUGUCUCGCCUCAUAACGCUUCCCAAGGAGGUUUCGGAGGCUGCGGCGGAGGCCCUGGUGAAUUUGUCGCAGAAUUCGAGUCUAGCCGAAGCGAUGGUUCGAUUGGGAAUAGUGAAAACAACGAUGGAUGUUUUGUACAAGCCCGAGUGCGGUAUUGCGCAAUUGCUUGUCAUGCUUUUGGUCAACCUCACUCAACUUGAUGCUGGUGUCACUGCCGUGCUUCAGAUUGAAGAUGAGAAAGUGCAUGGAUUGUAUGUUAUGAAGCUUGUUAGAUCGUUUUGUAGAACCACCCAUGACAGUGACGAUGAUGCUUUUGAACAUGUUGGUUCAAUACUUGUUAACAUAUCCAAGCAGCGGGAAGGGAGGAAGCUUCUACUUGAUCCAAAACGGGGUCUCUUGAAGCAGAUAACCAGACAGUUUGAUUCAAACAGUUCAUUGAGAAAGAAAGGGGUCUCUGGAACUAUUCGCAACUGUUGCUUUGAGGCUGAGAGUCAGCUUCAAAAUUUGCUCUUGGUAUCAGAGUUUCUCUGGCCUGCGUUACUUCUUCCUGUAGCUGGCAACAAGAUUUACAGUGAACAAGACAGAUCGAAAAUGCCACUUGAACUUGGGACCGCACUCUCAAUUGAUCGUGAACCUGUUAAUGAUCCAGAAAUUCGUAUUCAGGCCUUGGAAGCCAUAUACUUAAUCAUAUUGCAGGAUGCAGGUCGGAGGGCCUUUUGGUCUGUAAAUGGACCUAGAAUAGUACAAAUCGGUUAUGAAGAUGAGGAAGAUCCAAAGGUUAUGGAAGCAUACGAGCAACUGGGAUCCUUGUUGGUUCACAGCAGCAGUGCGGAGGAACCAUCCAGUGAGACCCCUCAGUAGUUAUUUUGUAUUUCGAUCAAUUGAUCCUACAAUAUCUCUCCAUAAGAAUUAUGUAAUAGUUAUGAAGGUCAUUCGAAUUAAAUUUUCCAUUUUGAGGGUUAGAGUUACCAUUUUUAGAAAUAUGUAAAUUAUGAGGCUUCGAAUACUGGUCAAAUUUAUUUACGCACAGCAGAAUGAGUGAAAGAUGCUCUCUUGAUGCACAA